AGCUAUCGUUGUGCACUCACGAAAGGCGGCGACGGAGAGAGGUUUAUCUCUUGACACUGCCCUUUGCUGUAUUCUUUUCUCUUCUUCGCUCUGCUGACUCGUCGUUCGUUUUUUUCUUUUCGUUGUUUGGCGAUUCGAAAAUGUCUGCUUUCUCCCCCUUCCUGCAGGCGGCGACCAUUUCAACCAACGCGAUUGGGUUCUGGGACGCCUACCUGCUAUUUCGCCAACGCCGCUCCUACAACACAACGGAGAUUCCCGCCUACUUCAAGGAGAAAGUGACGGAGGAGGAAUUUGACAAGGCGCAGGCGUACGGCCGUGAUUCGACGUCUUUCAGUCUGCUAGAGCACGUGAAAGGUCUCGUGCUGAGCAACGUGGAGCUUCUGCUGAGGGUUCCCGCACGCUUCUAUUACUACGUGGCGAAGCGCACGGGCUUGACUGUUGGCUCCUUUGCGCACAACUACACGUGCGCCGUCGCUGCCGACGUCGUUUCCAUCGUCCUCGACACCCCCUUCUCCUACUACGAUACUUUUUAUCUAGAGGAGCGUCAUGGCUUCAACAAAACAACAAAGAUGGAGUUCGUCAAGGACAUUAUUAAAUCCUUUCUCCUCCGCAUCAUCCUGUUGUACCCGGUUCAAACGGCGCUGAUCCAGUUUGUGGUGCGCCAGUUUGGCGAGCGUUUCCCGAUUUACUUCUUUGGCGGAAUGACUGUCCUGAUGUUCACUUUCAUGGUCAUCUAUCCCAACUUCAUCAUGCCGCUGUUCAACAAGUUCACCCCGAUCGACAAGGAGUCACCGCUGAAGAAGAAGAUUGAGACCUUAUGUGCGACAGUGCACUUCCCACUCAAGAAGGUUUUCGUGGUGGACGGCAGCCGCCGCUCGCACCACAGCAACGCGUACUUUUACGGCUUUGGCAAGAACAAGUGCAUCGUCCUCUACGACACGCUUCUAGAGCAAAUGAAGGAGUCGGACGAACCCAUUUUGGCUGUGCUGUGCCACGAGCUGGGCCACUGGAAGCACUGGCACAUGUACAUCAACCUCAGCAUCGCAUUGGCCCAAUUGCUUGGCAUUUCCUACGGUGCCGGCGCCGCCGUGUUUAACCCGCGCGUCUACGAAGCUUUUGGCUUUCAUCAUACCGACCCCGUCGUUGGCAUGUACCUUUUCCUGGAGGUGUUCUUUCAGCCCAUCUCUGCGCUGAUGGGCCACGUUUCCUGCUACAUUUCCCGGCAGCACGAGUUCCAGGCGGACCGCUUCGCCGUUUCGCAGGGCUACGGUGGGCCCAUGAAGAAGGCGUUGCUGGUUAUGACGAAAGAGAACAAAAGCGCCAUCACACCAGACCCGCUUUACUCAGCCAUGACGUAUACCCAUCCACCCAUGCUGGAGCGCUUGGAGGCUCUAGAUGUGGAGAUGAAGAAGCAGAAGUAG